AUGGGCGUUCGACCUUUACUUCGAAGAGGCCGUGCGGUCUGGCGACACAUGCUGCCGGGGGAUGAUGAAGAUACCGACAGAAACUCUGUGCAAAUGGACACGGCCCAGCAAGUUAAGAGCGAGGGAGAAUCGGGUCGCCCACCAAGCUACAGUAGCUCUGCACCACAAAAUAUGAUGCCCGAUGUGCAUGCGCAACAUGGUGUUCAAGAUGUUGAGGCUGUAACAAUCACUUGGUCAAAGGGCACUCUAAUUGCUGUAUUCAUCAAUAUCUGGUUCAUAUACUUCGUCAAUGCGUUUAUUUCCACAAACAAUACCAGUCUGAAUCCGUACGUGACCAGCCAAUUUGGCGCACACUCGCUAUCUGCUGUUCCAACUGCUCUCGGAGAUGCAUUUGCAGCUGCGCUGUACCUCCCUAUGGCUAAGAUGAUGGAUGUUUGGGGUCGUGCAGAAGGCUUUCUCUUGAUGGAGAUAUUUCUUACGAUUGGAUUGAUUAUCAUGGCAACGUGUAAGACCUUUGAAGCUUACUGUGCCGCCAACGUCUUCUAUUACAUUGGUUUCUAUGGCCUAGAAUACGCAAUUGAUGUCGUGACAGCUGAUGUUUCAACUUUGAGAAACCGUGCAUUUGCUUAUGCAUUCACUUCAUCCCCGUACAUUAUCACAGCCUUUGCUGGUCCAAAGGUUGCCAGCAAGUUCUACUAUGAGGUCUCCUGGAGAUGGGGCUAUGGUUGUUGGGCAAUUAUCGCGCCCGUUGUUGCCACCCCCCUUUAUGUCAUGCUGAAAUACAAUCUGCAUAAAGCUGAGAAAGAAGGCCAUCGUAUCAAGAGACCGAGUGGUCGAACAGUGUUGGAAAGUAUCUGGCAUUGGACUGUCGAAUUUGAUAUAUUCGGUGUCUUCCUUUUCACUGCCGGCCUUGUGCUAUUCGAGCUACCCUUCGACAUCGCCGAUUAUGCCCCGAAUGGCUGGGCCUCGGGCUAUAUAAUCGCAAUGCUUGUCGUGGGAUUUUCAAUGCUUUUCUUCUUCGCGAUGUGGGAAUGUUAUGUGGCUCCCGUACCUCUGGUAGGAAUGGACUGGCGUCUCCUCGCAGAUCGUACCAUUGUCGGUGCAGUCCUUCUGGAUACAACCUAUCAGAUCUCAAACUACUGCUGGAGCUACUAUUUAACAUCCUGGCUUCAGGUAAAUAACGACUUGACGAUCACUACCGCCAACUACAUCGAUAACAUCUUCGAUAUGGUAUCUGGCGUACUCCUACUCCUGAUCGGAUGGAUCAUCCGCAGAGUUGGCCGCUUCAAGUGGACAUUAUACAUUGCUGUCCCGCUUUAUAUCUUCACCCAAGGCUUGAUGAUCUACUUCCGCCGACCCAAUAUGAACGUUGGAUACCAAGUUAUGUGCCAGAUUUUCCUUGCGAUUGGGGGCUCAAUCUUCAUUCUCGCGGAACAGAUCGCCAUCAUGUCUACUAUCGACCAUCAACACGUUGCCACCGCACUAGCCAUAUUAAAUGUGGUUGGAACUAUUGGUGACUCUGCAGGAUUAACAAUCAGUACUGCUAUCUGGCAGAACACGUUCCUUAAGGCUUUACACAGAUAUCUCCCAGAAUCCGCCUUGCCAAAUGUCAAUGAAAUAUACGAUAGUCUCCCAGUUCAAAAGAGCUAUCCUGUCGGAAGUGCUGCUAGGCUUGGUAUUCAAAACGCAUAUGCCUACACUGAGCUGAGACUUCUCGCCGUUGGGUGCGGUGUUAUUGUGCUGGCAAUCCCUUGGACCAUGCUUAUUAGAGAUGUUGAUCUGAGGAAGAGAACACAGGUUCGGGGUACGGUCUUCUAG